GAUGCGAAGCGAUCGCAGUUGUGUCGGUGCGAGCGAGACGACCGGAUGUUCGAAGUGUGCGUAUUCGAGGGGAUCGAUGCCGCCGAGCAGCGAGUCGGGCGCGAGCCCGCUACCUCCCACUCCACCGAGAAGACUGUUACGAAAGAAACCUUUGUGUUUGGAGAGAGUGUGCCAGUUCCCGGUGACCCGCGAGGCCGGCGUGCAGCGACCGCCACGCCACGACGUGCAACUCGACGCACGACUGUCUCACGAACACUCCAUUCACUCCCUGCACUCCUGUGACGAUACACCCUCAAGAGAGUCCUCCCCGGAGGAGUUGCUGCGGCGCGUGGAGCGCGCACACGACGCGCUGUGCGCCGCGCGCCGGCGGUGGGCGCGCACGCACGCGCACGCGCACGCGCACGCGCCGCCGGCCGCGUCAGACGUCUCCGGUGGAGUGUUUCGAUAACAAGCAGUACUGGAAAUAUUUAAUUGCAAUAUAUACUUAUAAGGGGAAACGGGCUCCUUACAAAACGAUGCACGACCCCAAAUGACCAAACGUGUGCGGUGAGGCAUCA